GACCUGUUUGGUUUCCCGCGACAAUUCACAAGGAUGAGGAAAAAAUGAGCUAUACUAUUCUCGCCAGGGAAAAAAAAAAGAUCAUAAGAGAAACUAGAUCCAUUGUGUUGGUCGAACCGACAAAGAAGAGACGCUUACAUUCCCUUUUUGAUUUCUCAUAUGAAAACGAUUCAGGGGCAAGGGCAGACGAUAUUUUUAAAAACUUCAAAUUAUGAUUAAUUUAUUCUGUUGAGAAGUGAACUGAAGUUAAAAAACAAUGAAGCGUGAAGAUAAAAACAAAAAGAAGCGAAAAGUAAACGAUAAAAAAGAAAAAUUGAAAAUCGUUUGAAUAUAUUUACCACGUUUAUGGCAACAUUUUAAAAAUUCCGUAAAAUGGUGAAUAAUGACUGCAUCUUACGUCACGGAUGGAUGUAGAUAUUAAUGAAUGACUGCUCGCAAGAAGAUAAAAAAUUCAUUUGUAUUUUUCGUUCACUUUUCAAACAUAAUUCCUGCCGGUACGUGAACUACAUGAAAAUGAAUGUUCUAUCAGAUACUGAAAAAUAAUGCUGGGAAAAUUGCAUCGCCUUAAAAGGUUUACAGUACCAAAAACAACAAAUGCAUUCAACGAACUUCAGAAAAAUCUUUCGCCUCAUGUGUAUCGAAGCGCAGAUGAAAGAACAAAAAGAAGAAUGAAAUAAGAAAAGAAAAAAAUUAAGAAAAAGAAGCUUCUCCUAUCGGAUUAUUUAGAGAAAAAUCAGCUCUCCUCACUUCCCGUCUCCUACUAAAAAACACAACCAACACUUUUUUUUUUCGAUCUCAAACUCAAACUUCCAACGCAACCGGUUCAUCCAGGUAAAGAGGAACUCCUGAUUGGUUGAGAGCACCCGGUAAUGGGGAAAGGUGUGACGAACUCAGUUGGGGGAGCGGCAUCGAGUUCAACACAUUCGACAGCAGAAGAUCCCUUCCUAUCGCUCUUGUGUACCACAACUUGUUUCGAAUUAGUUCUGCUUUUCGUUUUGUCUUUCGGUUUCAUUUUGCUGCGUUGGAAUCGGAGUAAGCGCAAAAUAUCAUUCAAAAACUCCCUCUCAGUGGAAUAUUCGAUACCUGGCAAAACUGAUUCACGAAAUUCCUUGGAAUUAUUAGAAACAAUAAAAAAUUUUCAAAAUUACGAUGACGCAACGAAUCACUUGACCUACACCGGUUCUGCUAGCCAAAAAGAACCGCGCCUACGCCGGUCAAACAUUGCCGAUGAUAACGGUAAUGGUGUGUCCCCGUUAAACGACGUGCCGGUUGCAACCAAUUUAUCGGCAGAAUCUGCAAGAGGUAUGGAUACCUCAAAAGAUACUCUAUCCUUACAACCGGAGUCUCAAUCUGAUUCAUUCUUUACGUGGGACAGUGGUGGAAAUAGUGGAGAUUAUUCUUUUGUGCAUACGGCAGUAGAGCUUCCUAAGUACCCAGAAGAUGCAAUCACGGAAGAGGAAAGGCAGAUGCUUUUGCUCUACAUGCAAAGUGGACACCCUGAGAUGCUGUUAUCUUCCGGCCCCCCACCAGCUAUUAUAACUGCUUCUGAAAGUAUGAUCUGCGAUCCUAUCGCCGUGAGAGGAUUUCUGGAGACCAUCGUCGAAGAAACGUCCGAUGAUCUGCGGAGUCCGAGCGAGUGCGAUGAAACAUCCUUAGGAUGGGGAUCGUGGGAUGAAUCAGACGAUGAUCGAGUCACAGUCGUGGAAAUGCAAACAUCCGGAAACGCUGGUGAAAAUCAUUCUGCCAAUUUCAACUUGGUGGAAAUGAGUGGAUCGAAUCAAGAUGAAAAGCUACGUGACUACAAAACAAAUCUUGCGGUGAAUGGAGAUGCAGGGAAAUCCGCCUUGGAAUCAUCGCUGACAGUUUUGGAUAACAUUUUUGAGGACAACCGUGUUUUUAAUAAUUCGAACCAAUCCCUUACUCGAAGUGAUAAAGAAAUAUGUUCCGAGUCACUGUUCCGUGAAAUCAGCUCGAAUAAUUCUUCGGUAUCUCAACUGGAAGAAAAUUGUGAUGUUUUGUGUGUAGACGAUGCAGCAACGUCAGCUGCUAACUCAAAGGAUAUAUUCAGUGAUACAAACGCAAUGGAUACCAAUUUAUUUAAAAAUGAAAAACCUGAUAUGCAGGUAAGUUCUUUAAAUUUAUCUAACAAGACAAAAACUGAUUUUGAUUCUUUGUGGAUUUCUGAUGUUAAAACAGACAGUCCUUUAGUUAGUCCUGAUUCUUACGAUAAAAAUAAUGAUUGUGAUUUGAAAAUCUUAGAGACAGAAAGAGAGAGCAAUCCAUUUAUAAAAAUGGAAUUUUCUAAUGAAGGUCACAUGAGAAAUCAGGAGAAUUCUUUAGUAACAUUAGGUUCGGAGGAUGAUCUUUGUUUAGUACCAUCAUCCGUCGCAAUUGAUUCAACAUUUUCCGGACAAAACUAUGAAUCACUUUGCUUCAGUGAUGAUUUUAAAGAUUACUUUUUGCCAGCAGAAAGUUAUUCUACUUUUAAUCGUACCGAAAUUAAAAAUGAUAUAGUUAAAAUAACGGAAGAAGUAUCAGUUUCAUCAAAAGAUAAAAAUAUGCGUUGUUUUAGAAUAGGUUUUGACGAUGAUGCAAAACUUGAGAAUUGUCCGCGAUUUAAUGAGGAAAAUUGUAUUAUAAGUGAAAAUACUGAUACAAAAGUUUCAAGCAGUGAUAGCGAACCAGAAGCUAUGUUUUCUCCUAUCAAUGGAGACAUUGCUUUCGGUUCCAGCUGGUUAAGCGAUCACGAACCCGCACCGGAAAAGAUAACUUCGGGAGCGGAAGCCUGUUGCCCAACAAUGACAACAGAUGUCCGGCGUGUAGCACCAUUCGAUUCUUCACCCUUGAACAAUAACCGCAGAUCGUUAUCCGAUUACGAACAAUCCAGUGAUGAGGAAAUUCAGGAUAUGCGAGGUUCUCUCAGUAGGUGGCAGCACCACACCGAUUUGCAACAUGUUCAGGAAGCUACGAGUCCUCUCACUAGAUGGCAGCACCAAACAAAUUUGCAACUUUUUCCUUCCAAUGAUAAUGAAAUUCCAAAAAGUGAACAAACAAUUUCUGAUGAUAGCGAUGACGGUCUGCCUCCACAAUUAAAAGAAUUAUACAAUUCAUUUAAAACUAAAGAUAAAAAGUCACGCAUUCGAAUAAAAGAUGAUAAAAUUCAUAAUUUUAAAGCGUUAGGUUUGUGGGACUGUGAAACUAAAGUAACUUUGCCUCCGUUUCAAAAUUCAUCACCGGAUAAAAAUUUAAUUUUGAAACAAUCAGAACAUGUUUCGACAAAAGAGGAUUUAGAUGAUUUAGAAUUUGACAUGUUUGCAAGCGAGCAUCCCACGCAGCAAUUAACAGCUGGUGAUUCCGAUGUAGACGAUGCAUUAAAAAGUUUUAAUCAUUUAAAUGAUUAUUCAUCCAAUAGCGACGAGCAAAGUGAAAAUGAAACGGAAGUACUCGCUAGUUUAAGUUUAGAUUUUCCGGUAGAAAAAUUAAUGCAUGAUUCAAAUGAAUCUAAACAUAUAAAAAUAAAUGAUUUCCCGUCGCCAUUGACACCGGAAGCAGAUUCUCAUAGCCUUGAAAAUCCAUGCUCUGAUAAUUCCGAUAAUUGCCCUCUGUGCAAAGAAGUUAAUUUUAAAAAAUCACGCAUUAACGAUUUAUUUUCGGUUAAAGCUGAUUCGGACUGCACAAAUAAUGCCGAUGUCCAGUCGUUGCUGUUGAACACUUACCCCAAAAUGACGAGGCUGUCCGAGGAUAAUUCAACUGAUCCGGAAAGUAGGGAAUCUAAUUUUUCUGGAAACAGUUCCAAAGAUUUAACGUCCUCAGACAGUGAUGAAGGAAUGAAAGGAAUUAAAGACAUUAAAAAGCGAAAAAAGCGUCAAAAAGACAGUCAAUGUAAUGAACUGAAGCACGAUGAUUCAGGUUAUGUCGAAGAUGAUGAGGACGAUGAUGAUGAUAGUUUAGAAGAACGUAAAGGGUCUAAAUUAUUUUCUGUUACAUCCAAAUCUCUCAGUGAUUUAGAUACCUCUUUGAAAUCUUUAUCAACAGAGCGGAAACCUAAUUUGAAAAAUGACAAGUCAUUUUUAAUACCCCAAACUUUACAAGAAUUUUCGAAACAAUUAGAAAAACCAGCGAGCAAUGAUGAUUUUAAAUUAGGGCUGCAAUCUGAAAAAUGGAAAAUACCUGAAAACCUUUCUCAGUUUUCAGCUUGGUUGUUAGAUAAUGAGUUAAAGAAAAUAAAUCCAAAAGAAGAAAUGGAAAGAAUAUUAAAAGACGAUAUUAAAAAUUUAAGAGAACACACUAUUGCGCAAUUUUUGAAAAAUUCUACUACUGUCGAAGUUAACAACUUCCAAGAAAUUUUAACUGCAGAAAUUAAAGAAAAUAUUUCAUUGUCUAAUUUAAAUCUCGCUGCAAGCGAUAAUGAAUUAAAAUGUUUAGACAAAAAUAAAAUUGAUCAAAAUUUUGCUCAAAUUGACUCUACCAAUAAUUAUUCAGAUCUCGAUGAAAUUCAUGAAAAAAUUAUUCCACAAAAUAGUUGCAUGAAAUAUUUCUCUCAAAAUAAAAAUAUAGUCUGCAAUUUUAAUAAAGAGCAGGAAAUUGUUAUUGAUAAAAAUAAUUGUUUUGACCUUCUUAAAACUGAAGAUGAUUUCUUAAAUUGCAAUAAAAGAAAUGAACCUGAAUUAAAUAGUCCGUUAUUAGAAUCUGAUUAUAUUGAUAAAAAUUUAAAUUUUGAUAUUUCUAAUAAAGAUUGUAAGCAAAUAGAACAGCUGAGCGCAAACGAUAUUCAUCUUUAUCAAAUAGAUGAGAAAACAGAAUUGUUACAUUCAAACGAUUGUGAAAUAGAAAAGCCGCAGACGAUUGAGAAUGUCAAUGUUAAAUUAAUUGCAUUACCAUCAGAAUCUUUAGAGACAAUAAUGAAAACGUCUGAAAAACAAUGCAAGGUCAACAGUACUACAAUAGAGCAAAAUGUAAAUAAAAUGGGAAGCGAUAAGUUUAUUUCCACAAUACCGGUUGAAAUGAAUGACGAAGUCAUGAAUGAAGACACGAAUAAUUCACACCUUUACGAUUGUUGCGUAAAUGCUAAGGACGUGGCGCCACCUAUGGUAGAGAUCAAAAAUCUUUCACAUACCGAAACAGGAAGUUCAUCCGAUGACCCAAUGACAUGCGGGGAAGAAAAGGGUGCGAGCGAAGGUUGUGAAGAAGAAACAGAUGAUAUCAGUUCCCUUCGGGCUACGGGUGUCAAAUCAGAAUUUGAACAAGAAACGCACGUGUCUUCUGAUUCGAGUCGCGCCUUUCUUGAUAAUUCGACGGCGGAACAUUGGAUUGCAUCGGAACCACCAGUUUCUCAAUUUCAGUCUGAAAUUGACGAUAUUUUUAUUUCUAAAGAAAACGAUAUUAAAGAUAUAAUUAAGUUUAACGAGGAUAAGAAUUUACUGUUAUCAGACGAGAAUAACGAACCAAGUUUUAGUGAAAGAAAAGAAACAGAUUUUAUUAUUUCUUCAGAAGAGACUGAUAGUUUUAAAGAGCAGGUUAGUGAAAAUUAUUCUUUUGAUUUACUUUCAAAUGGUGAAUUUUUCGAACCUAUUGAACAGUGCAACAAUUUAAUAAAUGUUAAUUUAUCUGAUAAUAAUGAAAUCAAUGAAGAAAAUGUAAUUCAAAAUGGGAUUUUGUUUCAUUAUGUUGAACUUCUAAACAACAAGCCGGAUGUUGUUACUAGUUGUGAAAUCCAACCAAAGAAUAUCGAAAUUAGCAAAUCUUCCGAAAAAAUUGAAUAUAAGAGAAGUAGCUCUGUCGGUCGUGAGAAUUCUGAAUCUGAAGGAAUUCUCGAUACAUCUAGCGUACAAUCUAAAAGCACUCCUGAUUUGAGAAAGUGUCACGAACAAUUGAAUUCCUCAACUCCUUUAUCAGCAAGAUUAAGUAAAAGUGUGAAUCAGCGAAUACAAGAUUAUCUUGGGCAUAGCACCAGAAGUGGGUAUUUGAAUCGAUCUCUCCCACCGAACGAGAGAUCUCGACAUUAUCGUAGAAUUUGUGUUAGUACGGAAACUGUUGUAGAACGAGCUGCUCGUUUCGAGGCCAGAAGUCGAAGCACUUCUGCUUCCAGAGAAGUUAAUAAAGAUCUCGAUUCUAGGUCUGGAUCGUGCCCACCAUCCAAUAUGAGAAAUUUUGAAAGAAACAAUCGUUCUUUCGGUAAACCGACUGCCACAGUCAGACCAACAAUUGAUUCGUACAAGAGUAAAACUUACAUUGAGAAUUCUCUAAAUAGUGCUAAAUCGACUCCCGAGUUAAUGAAUAAGGAAGAUAUUUUCGAGCUUAUUACGGGCUAUGAAAAAGCUACCAAAGUUUCUCACAAACCUCCUGUAGCUCCAACCGCUCCGAGCAGUCAACAACUGCUGAAGAACGCUCGUUUGAAAGGAAAAAUAGCCACCGCGCGAAAAGAUUUCUUUGAAAAACUCAACCAAAAUAAAUCAUCUAAUAAUAUUCAGAAAGGAGAAAAUGAUUUGAAUGAAGAUUUUGAUGGACUGAAACGUUUCGACGCUUUCCGAAGAUCUGCAAGAGAAGAAAGAGCGCUCCUUGCCGCCAGUCAUCCCGAUUUAGGGGCGCUCGAAGCGGCCGUCCGAUCUAGCAAACGUAAAAUCGAUCACUUGAAAAAGAAGAAAAAGUCCGGUUCUGAAGCAAGUCCGGCGCCAUUCGAUGCCGGACCGCCCCAGCAAUCGAGUAUGCCUUCUACCACCACGAAAGAGGGCACCCUCCGCCUGCCUUACCGUCGAUGCACAGGGGAAAUCGCCUGGGCGUCGUGCGCCAAACGGCUGGAGGAGGCCAAAGCCAAAUCGAAGCCUAACCUCGCGCACGAGCAGCUAGAAAUUGUAGACCGAAGCUCCUUCUGGUUCAAGCGGCCCGCAGAAACCAAGGGGGUGCGCGCGCACCGCCCUGGCACAGUCGACGACUACGAGGAAGAUCCGGCGAGUUCUAACGGCGGCGAUUCGGCCAUUACUGGUACGAUCGUCGUCGAAAAUUGUGACUUUUUGGGAACCCGAGCAAAAAGCAUGGACUUUUUGCUGGACGCCGACAACAGGGACAAGGUACAGCCCCCGGAAAAUAGACUUGCAGCUGGACAGGGGCGUGUGAAGUCCGAACAUGAGCUGCGAAUCGAACGAUCACUUCAGAACUUAACCAUACCUGACUGGUACAAACAGUCCGCAUGGAGCACGAAGCCAAAAGAAGGUUUCAUAUUGCGGCGAGGAAGCGAAGGUUCAGCUGGCGAAUCCCGCAAGCGAUGGCAAGGCUUCAGUACAUCUCGCACUCCUUCUGCAACGAGCUUGACCAUUCCCCAGACAAGUAGUUACUCGCAUCGAAACAUCAUAGUGCCCAAGCGGGUGACCCCUACCUCCGGUGAAUGGCGGUACGUGGGAUCCCUAGUGUCCUCCAGAGAGAGCUUGACCCCUGCAUCACCAGCAUCCCUCAGUCCCAGAGAAUGUGCCUCUGCAGCUUUCCAAUACGGCCUCAGUUCAUCCCUUUCUAGGUGGAGCAGUUCUAGGUUAAGCACCAGCAGUGCACCAUUGACAUCCCUUAGUGUGCAUCGCUCGUUCAGACAACCUUAUUUGGGCUGGCGGGCCGCCGCAGCAGCUUCAAGUGGUUAUACCCCGAGCAGCGGAGGUGGUUCUAGGUCCAGUCCUGGUGUCAGCCCAAUCACUGCAACAACACCUCUUCAAGGGAGCAGACCAAGCUCACCAAGAAGAGGAUCUCAAGAGCAUCAUUUUGUCUAUGGCCUUCAUCAAAACCAGAUAACAAGUGCGGCUACAUUGCGACCAGACGGCAGCGAGGCUGCUGAUGCCAACCGGAUCUCUCCCCUCGCUCUCAACACCACGAAUGUGUUCUUCAACAGCAGUGUGGAGGUUUCCCAUGCAGAUCAUUACGACCACCAGCCACAAAGGUUUGGCCCAGCCGAAAUGCGACGAGAUAGGUACUCCUACACCCAAUCCCUCUACAGCGGUACUGUGAUAAUGUCACCUGGUACAACGGACGAUGACAGACGGAACUUUAACGUGGACCAGGUGCCUAGAAUUAUAGCCAGCCUGGACGAAAGUGAAGCGACGGAUACAGAUCAGAGAUUUACUCUGGUCAAAUCGCCACAACCUCCUCCCAGGCUGUGGAUGGAGUCCUCCUUCGUCGGUACUAAACAAGAUGGGUCAGAAGCCCAAAAGUCGACGACGCGGUCCAUCAGGAUUGUUCCUAGUGAUUCGGUACGUCCUGGUUCAGGUGCCAGGUCGUCGACCUCGUCGCUGAGGGGUACCUGCGCGACGCAGACGGCGAUGGGUGAGUACGUGUUGAGAGACUUUCGUAGGUUUGGUAUUACAUUAUGACUAUAGUUUAUAAUUGCUUUUGUACAUAGAAGUUUUGUAGAUUUAUUUGAGAGACAUGUGACCAAAAUUGGAAAUUUAUUACGAUGCUGUAGAUUUUAUGAGGCGAAAUUCGUAAUAUGUUGUUAAAGCAUUUCAUCUGAACUAUAUCAAAUUUAUUGAAAACAUCGAGACGAAAUUAAAGCUAGGUUUAUAAUAGAUGUGGGAAAUAUGCAGCUUUGUUAUGUGUUUUUUUAAUUAUUUUAAUUUUAUUUUCUAAAAUGCUAAGGUUUUCUGUUGGACUUCUGAUAAAAUAGUUUAUAGUGAUUUGUAAAAAAUAAAUAAACAAAUAAAAUGAAAUAAAAAUGAACUGAUUUCUUAUCAUAUUGAAUGACUUGUUUUAAAACUACAUUUUAAUAUUUUUAUCCUUUAAAUAAAAAGUCCAAAAAUUAUAAUUAGUUUUUAAAUAGUUUGUUCCCAGAAAAUGAUUGUUGGUUGGAAAUGGAGUAAAUAUAAAUCUCGGCUACCUAAAGUUAAUUUAGGAUGAGGCUUGAGAAAUAUAAUUGGGACAGGUUUUGUUUUGGACUUUUUUAUUUCAUUACGAAAAUGCUAAGCUUGGAUAAUGAUUUAUUUUAAAAACUAAAUGGUUAUUUUAAAAUUUAAAUGACUGGACUAUAAUUAGCUUAUAGCCUUACAAGUCUCUGUUUUUAUAUGUCUUUUAUAUUUACAUUUAAUUUUCCCCCUUAUCAAAAAAGCGUUUAUUUGAUUAGAUAAUAGCAUUAAUCUUUUAUUCCGACAGUUCUGAAAUAUGGGGUUAAGGUCAGUCAAUAUUUUAUCAAAUUGGUUGAUAAAAAUCACUCUUGUUUCCAUAGCAACUAUGUAUUUUAGAGCUAAAUGAACAAACACUCUUUUUUUUCCUACAUUUUAUGGUCUUCACUAAAUUUAUCUUAAUGUAUUCGACAUGCAUGUAUGGCAUUUUGUCAAAAAAAAAAUGUUCUAGAAACCGCUAUAAAUGUCAAUUUAUCAGAAGUCAAUUUUCUCACUAUUGUUUCAGUUUCAAAAUUAUUAUUUGUAAAUAUCAUUUUAUGUUAAAUCAGCUUGGAGCACAUUGCUCGUUUUUUUGCAUGUUUUCAUUUUUUGUUCCUACUGCAAAAAAAUAAUAUAUUAUGUAAAUUUUAUUUAUAAAAUGCAAUAUAAUAUUUUUAAAGAAAAGUAUUUUUUGUUUUAAAUUAAAAAUCUUAUUUCUUUUUGAUCAAAAUAAAGCUUUAUUUUAGUUUU